AUGAGAGACAAACCUUUGCAACAUGACAGUGGUCACACUCCAGUAAGAGAUGCUUAUAGUUUACCUAAAGUGGAUGAUGAACUUCAUUCAAAGACAAUUUUCGAACCUGUUUCCGUGGAAGCACGUCCAGCGAAAGCGAAAUCAAGGAUUCGGAACAAAUUAAGAUGGAAAGAAGGCUACGAACCACAUGAAAAAUCCGAAGAUGCAAAAAGUACUGAUAAUUCGGAACAUGCUAUACAGCUACACUUGCUCAGUGCUAAGGAACCGUCAGUGGACUCAGAGAGAAUAUCCGCUGUUAAAGGUAAGAUCAACAGCGAUAAAAGAGAAAAGACAGAUAAGGGUAAUAAAGAAAAGACUGCUGACGAGAGAUCAGGAAGGAUUGCCAAUGAGAAACCUAAUAAAACUAUCGCUGAAUGGCCCACCACUGCCAGUGUUGCAUGGUUGGUGACUCGCAAGAUUCUUGAAGAAGUGCUCAUCUCGCUCAUCGUCAUUGUGAUUGUCAUUGCUUCUAAAAUUCACCACUAA